AGGAUUAUCAUGACUGGCAACGCCGGAACCCAACUAAGAAUAGUCGUUCAUUUGCUGGGUUAAAACUGAGACACAUGCAUACGUGCGUGAGAUUCGACAGUCAAUCCCAGAAUGUGGUGGUGAAUGUGUGGGUGAAUUUUGCAGAAUGAAACUGUUGAAAAGAGGAGGGAAUGCAUCCUCAGGGCACUCUGUAUCUACCUGAAUGAAGACCCGAACAUCCUCUUCAAAGAAUACGUGGGACCAUUCAGCCCGAGCUCCAGAGAGGGUUGUGAUGAAAUCUGGCAUGAGGCAGUGGAAACAUGUGGUUCUGGUGGGGAUGCUGGUCUGGGUCAUCCUGUUCCUGGCGCUGUUCACCUACUGUAUGGACUCCCGCAUGGACGAGCCACGUGCUUCUUCCUUGCUCUCCCACACCGAGACCCGCCGCCUCACCUCCAUCCAGGGCAGCAACCAAGUCAUCAUGGGGUCACGACCCGACCCCACCAGCGCUCCACCUGGCCUGCCUCACCAGGACGAGGGCCCAGAAGCCCAGCCCAACACUGGCCAGAAGGCCGCUGAACAUGAGACCUUCUUGAAGCUCCAGACUCCUGUGGGUUGGGCCACCCUGGGGUGCCAGGCAGGAUGCACACGGACGCCAGGGGUGACGCGGAGCCAAGAUAGGGGGAAGGAGAGGCAGGAGGGGACGGUGACGUGGUCGAGGAAGGCCUUACGCAAGAGCCGAAGGCGCUGGGAGGAUGUGGAGGACCUGGAGGAAUACUACUUCUCCAAGUCCAAGUCCGUGAUCCAUCGGCUUUGGAAGGGCGAGGUGUCGGCCAGCAUGCUGAGCCCGCGGCUGCAGAAGGCCAUGAAGGACUACCUGAACACCAACAAGCACCAUGUAGCCUAUGGAGGACGUCGCAGGACCACACUUGGUGGGGAGGAGAUGCUGUGUAAGCUGAAGAGGCAGGUUCGGAUCCAGGCUCUGGAUGGGACGGAGCCGCCCUUCUCUGACCUGGGCUGGGACAAGCUGGUGCCCCUCCAAACCCUGGCCCAGCUCUACAGCCCUGGGUUCAGCACCUGUGCAGUUGUGACCUCUGCUGGUGCCAUCCUCAACUCCCUCUUAGGCAGAGAGAUUGAUUCCCAUGAGGCUGUGCUCCGCUUCAAUGCAGCGCCAACACAGCGUUACGCGAACGAUGUGGGGAACAAGACCACCAUUCGCAUCAUUAACUCUCAGAUCCUGGCCAACCCCAGCCAUCAUUUCAACACCAGUUCCCUGUAUAAAGACAUCACCCUGGUGGCCUGGGACCCAGCCCCGUAUGCAGUAGACCUGGAGAAGUGGUACAAGAGCCCGGACUACAACCUAUUCACCCCGUACAUCCAGCACCGCCAGAAGAACCCCAGCCAGCCCUUCUACAUCCUGCACCCCAAAUUCAUCUGGCAGCUUUGGGACUUCAUUCAGGAGCACACCCAAGAGACAAUCCAGCCCAAUCCACCCUCGUCUGGUUUCAUAGGGAUCAUCCUCAUGAUGGCGCUGUGCAGAGAGGUUGACGUGUAUGAGUACAUCCCCUCGGAGCGGCAGACAGACCUGUGCCACUACCACGAGCGUUACUAUGAUGCAGCCUGCACGCUGGGCGCCUACCACCCGCUACUGUAUGAGAAGAUGCUGAUCCAACGCAUGAACAGGGGCUCUGUGCGCGACCUCAAACGCAAGGGCAAGGUCAUGCUGCCCGGGUUCAGUGCCAUUGACUGCGACCCCUGACCUGCCCCCUGACCCCCUUGACCUCUGAGCCAUCAAAUCUGACCUGGAACUUCCUAUCGUGGAAUCCGGAAGACAGUGCAACACUGGACUAGGGGAACUGACUGAGGAGAAGCACAGCUAUGGGCAUUAGAGUGGGUGGAGUGAGCCAGUGGCUACCAGCAGCGGCUCAACAGAUGCAGUAACAACGCAGGUGUCAUGGUACAGCUACACAUUACUGAGACUGAGGUGGUCACAGACUGUUUAAUCAAUGGGUGUGAGCAGCCAUUUUCUACUGAAAGUAAUUUUAUCACUCCAUCUGCUGA